AUGCUUCUCCGGAAGCUACAGGCUCUGCCAGACCGCACGGCUGGGGGCAGCCCCUACUACAUUCUAGCCGUUGUACAUCGUCGUGUUUUGCUGUUUGGCACGGUCUUCUUCGCCCUGUUCAACUUGGUUUGCGCUUUGUCCUCGACCUUCAUAGGACUCGUUGUCGCCAAAGCGUUCCAGGGUAUUGGGGCAGCGUUCACCAUACCUUCAGCGCAGGCGCAUAUUGCCCUACACUUCACCGACCCAGCCAGGAAGGCGAAAGCCCUUGGAAUCUGGAGCGCCGCAGGAUCACUGGGGUUCAUCAUUGGACUCAUCCUUGGCGGUGUCCUAACCGCAUUCCUCGGCUGGCGAUUCAUAUUCUAUGUGGGCUUCAUCGUCGGCUGGGCCCUUUCUAUCCCCGGCAUUCUCCUCUUCAGCUUCAUUACUGAGCACAGUUCUUACUGGCGUUACAACUUCCCGGGCAUGAUCCUAUACAUUGCCGGUAUUGGCGCUGUUUACAUAACCGCCAACUUUGUCGUGGUCUCAUCCGCGUUCAGGUCGGAUCACGGCGCAGCUGCUGGUGUAUUUAACGUCGCGCUUCAGGUCGGUGGUAGUGUGCUGGGCUUAGCCGUACUUAUGGCAGUGGCGGAAGGCAUCGAGAAGAAGUACGGCGACGCGAACCUUCCCCAGGGCGAGCUUAGUGGUAUCGGGUAUAAGAGCGUAUACUACAGUUGUGUGAUCUUGAGUGGUAUUGGGCUCUUUCUUAGCGUCUUCGCUAUCCAGGUACCAGACAGCAUGCGCGGGUCGCUUUGGAAGAAGCCUGAAGCAAGUGCCCCUACCGAAACCUCCUCGUCCUAUGAGCUGCAUCCGACCCAGUCACGACAGAGCUAG